AUGGCAAACAGCGAGAAAUCUUUCGGUGCAUCAACGAACCGACGAAGUGGGUUAUCUCUGGAGCCACUCGAACUCUUCUCAAGCGGAUGCAUCAUCCUCGCGGGAGACGCGGCUCACGCUAUGACGCCGCAUCAGGGAUCUGGUGCCGGCCAAGCAGUCGAAGAUGCAUGCGUACUAGCCGUGCUCCUAUGCUACAAACUCUGCAACAAAUCGAACCUAUCGCUCAUUGGCAAGGUGUAUGACCAGAUACGGCGCCCAGUUGCGAACCAGGUCCUCGCAGCGUCUUGCAUAUCCGGAAAGCUCUGCGGCCUGGUCGCUCCGGGAUUCGAGGAUGUCGAAGAGGGCAAUGCUCAUGUGUCCUUCGAGAAACUGACAAAGUUGAUCGACGAUUUCGGCAAAGGCAUGGAAUGGGUCUGGAAGGAAUCCGCAGAGGAUGACAAGAGGCGUGCCAUCGAGAUGCUGGAGUCUUUGGGAACGGGAUAG